AUGUCUUGGCAAGCUUACACCGAAAACCUAUUGGGCACAGGCAAAAUAGACAAGGCCGCUAUCUACUCAAGAGCCGGCGAUUCCUUGUGGGCCUCAUCUGGUGGGUUAACAUUUGCACCACAAGAAAUUGGUAAGAUUGCCGCAGGUUUCGACGAACCAUCAGGUUUGCAAAGUACAGGUUUAUUCGUACAAGGCCAAAAAUUCAUGCUUUUGAGAGCUGAUGAUCGUUCUAUCUAUGCAAGACAUGAUGCUGAAGGUAUGUGUUGCGUUCGUACCAAGCAAACUAUUAUCUUAGCUCAUUACCCACCAAGUGUGCAAGCUGGUGAAGCCACCAAGAUUGUGGAACAGUUGGCUGAUUACUUGAUUGGUGCUCAAUACUGA